UCGUCUUUAUUUUCUCCUUUCAGAAUAGAAAUCAUAGAUUCGUAAUGGCUUAGGGGGCUCUUCAUCGACAUCUUCCUUUGCAACAUCAACUAAUUCAAAUUUCUGAAACUUCAAAUUUUGUCUCUCUUCUAUAUGAUGUCUCUCUCUUCCUUCCCUCUGAACUCGUCUCUUCCCUCAAAAUAUUCCUCAGAACUCAUCCCACUACACUCUUCUCUUGCAUACGUACACCAGAUUUGUAAAGUGGAACCACAUCAUUGUAAGCUUCCUUGAUUCUAGAUCUGUCCAAGAGCUUAAAGCAUGCACACUUGAUUUGAGAGAGAGAGACAUAAUGAUAUACCCCAGACGGAGAACAAGUAGAAUAGGAGGAAAUGGCAAUUGCGCGAACCGGGGUGUACGUUGACGACUACUUAGAGUACGCAAGCACUUUACCCGCUGAGCUUCAGAGGCUUCUCAAUACCAUCCGAGAACUCGAUGAACGUUCCCAAUCGAUGAUAAACCAGACGGGGCAGCAGACGAAGUACUGCUUGGGACUGGCUUCACAGAGCUCAAAGAAAGGUAAUAGUAAUAACAGCUGUUCUUACUAUUACAAUAACAAUAAUAAUAGUCAAGAAGACGACGUGGCAAUCGAGAAAAUGCGAAAGGAUAUCGAUUCGAGUCAGGAUAAUGCAUUGAGUUUAUGCACCGAGAAGGUUUUGUUAGCACGGCAAGCUUAUGACCUGAUAGAUAGCCAUGUAAAAAGACUUGAUGAGGACCUGAACAACUUUGCUGAAGAUCUAAAGCAAGAGGGAAAAAUAGCUCCAGAUGAACCAGCAAUUCUUCCCCCACUACCUAUAGUCCCUAAAAGUGAAAAACGCAAGUUUUUCUAUGGAACACCUCAAUCAAAAAGGAUGGAUUACAGGGAGAGGGAGUGGGAUCGCGAGCGUGAUAGGGAUUUUGAGCUCAUGCCACCUCCAGGAAGUCAUAAAAGGGAAUUUGCAGCCCCAGUCGAUGUCGAUCAACCUAUUGAUCCAAACGAACCUACCUACUGUGUUUGUCAUCAGGUGUCAUUUGGAGAUAUGAUUGCUUGUGACAAUGAAAACUGCCAAGGAGGCGAAUGGUUCCAUUACACGUGUGUGGGGCUUACACCAGAGACGAGAUUCAGAGGAAAAUGGUAUUGUCCAACCUGCAAACUGUUACCGGAAUGUCAAUAAUGUUGGACGAUUGGAGCCUCGCGGUGAAUUGGUCGCUGUUGUAUUUUCAGGAUCACUUUAGGAGGAAAAGAAGUGGGGACAAGUUUUUUCUUCUUUUCCUUUCUUUUUCUGAACAAAAAAUAUGAAAAAAGAAAGGAAAAAAAAACUCUAGUAUGGUUGGUUGGUCUUGUUAUUGACAAACUGGCCAACCACUAAAUUCCCACAAAUAGCAACCCUGUAUUCAUCGCUCUCCCCACAAAAAGUUGCGUGAAUCUAUUAUGAGAAUGGAGUGUAAAUCGAAGCUUUGGAGUUUUGAGAAUGGAGGACUAGAUGUACUGACCCAAAAAAGAAAAAUGGAGGGUUGAUGUGUCCCUUAAGGAUAGUUUGUUCUCGGGAGAUUUUUCAGGGAAGGUCCAUGUCUAAUACACACCCUGGGAAUGAUGCAUAUCCUCAGGAGUUUGCGGGGCAUUUGCCUAGAAAUCUUAGGAUUGGAAUUUAGAGAAGCAGGUACUUGAUCGUACACAUUGUCAUUACUUUUUAUUUGUGUAUUUCAAUUAAACUUUUUCUUUCUA